GAUCGCUCCAGUGUAUUCUGUUAAACGUUUCUCUCUCUGCAAUCUCCUGAACGGCAAUACCAAUGGCUGACGAAAUAAGUUUACCCGAUCACUACGUAAAUUUACUCGAAAGGGUCAUAGAGGAAAACAAAAGUUUGAGAGAGGAGGCGAGAGCCAAUGCAGUGUUACAACAAAAGGUUCUAGAAGAAUUAAACCAGAACAAGGCCUCCAGUUCAGAUUCUGGCAAACGUCCUCGAUCUUCCAAAAGAGCAUCUACCAAAUUAAUCGUGCCCCUGCUUUGUCGCCAAGAUUUUAGAAAGACUUACAAAACAUUGUUAAAAGGAGAGAGUUUUAAAGGCUUUAACAUGGAUGAAAGUUUUCUCAGUUUUGGAUCAAGUGAGAACCAGGAGAUUACGAUGUAGGUUGCAAGGGCUGUCAUAGCUGAUAAUGUCCGGGGGAGGUGAAAACUACUAGAUAGACGUAUUUUAGCCGGAAAUUAGCUGCAGCCCCCAAAUUCAAAAAAAAGCAACAACUUUGAAGC